AUGUCUCCUCUGCCCUUCGGCCCAGCUCAAUUCCAUGGAACGAAAAGCGUCCCAGCCAGCAGAAGCCCAGGCACGCGCCUGGGUUUUGACUUUGGCUUCGUGGGGCGGGAGGGAAAUUAUCUGAGCUCAUUUGCGGAAUCAGAGGCAGACCGAUAUUAUCAAGGGAAUACGGAGGAGGAGAGGAAGAUCAAAUGGAGGGAGAAGGCUGUCGGUCGUGGCGGGAUCACAGCUCACUUUCAAUUUGUAAAUCAUCAUGAUGGCAAACGUAAGAUGCACGAGCAAUAUGUUUUAAUAUCCGGGAUCCCUGGUAGCAUCAAGCACGAGAGUACUCUGUAUAUCAGGAAGAGAUCAUAUCGGAGAGGGAAGAGAAGGGGGAGAGAAAAAGGAGAACCAAAUGUCGUGAUGCGGCUUAGUGAGCUAGUCAGCCCGUACUUGGAGCCGCCGAUCGCUCACCCUCAACCUCACCUCUCCGCGCCCUCGUCACCGUGA